UUUCCUGCAUCUGUGUAUUUUUCGUUACUUUUUUUUCUUUAUUAAAGUAGUUUCUUCUACGAGCCACUCUUUCCAUGUAGCUGACCUCUAAGCUCUUUGAUCUUGGAUCAGAUCAUAGGAGGAGAUGGCGUCUUCUUCAAAUAAUGUGGAGUUGGAGGCAGCGAAGUUCCUUCAUAAACUCAUACAAGACUCUAAAGAUGAACCUUCAAAGCUGGCAACAAAACUUUAUGUGAUAUUGCAACACAUGAAAUCUAGUGGGAAGGAACAUUCAAUGCCGUUCCAAGUAAUAUCAAGGGCUAUGGAGACUGUUAUUAAUCGACAUGGUCUUGAUCUGGAGGCUUUGAAAUCAUCCCGGCUUCCUACUGCUGGGUCUCAAGCAAUGGAUUCUACAUCUGGACAAUAUGUUGGAUCUUCUCAGGCUGUUGCAGUUUCAAAAGACUCUAAAGCAGGUUUGGCGCAAAAUGAGAUACCUAAGUUUGAUCCAUUUUCAUCCAGCAGGCCGCCCGUUGGCCCAAGCAUUGCUGGACAGGAGUAUUAUCAAGAAGUUGGAACACACAGGGGUAGUCAGUCUUUUGAUCAUGGAAGCCCAUCAAGUUUGGACACGCGGUCGGCUAACUCCCAAUCACAAGACAAACAAAAGGGUGCAACAACUAAACGAAAGAGGGCUGAGUCAUCAGCACCAUUGGAACCAAAUUUUGAUGAAUCUCUUAACGCUGUUAUUGAUCCUAGGAAAGGGAAGAUGAAUAAGGCUGAAACGUCUGGCCCUGCUAACUACAACAUGGUCCCAAGCAGUGGUCAAAUGGAGCAUUUUCCAUCCUCACCUGGAAAUAUGAGAUCAAUGCAUAGAAGUAGACAAGAUGGCCAGAAUGUAACAGAGAACCUUGUGGAUUCGACAAAUAUUAGCAAUUUGAUGUCACGUGCUCCUAGUUCAAAGUAUCCUGAACAUGUGGAAGUUUCAUCUACUCAAAAUGUACCUAGACAACAGCAAGGGGGACUACCUGGUGCACACGAAAUUCUUUCCUCUAGGGGCAAGGCCGGGUUACUCUUUGACAGAUCUCAACUUAACAGGUUUUCUCCAAAUGUUUCUGGCAACAUGACAACAAAAAUUACAUCUCAGCAGCUGAUGCAUGCGUCUCUUGUACCAGGUUCUUUUGGGAAGGUUCAAGGAUUGCCUGCCCCUUCUAACUCAUAUACUGUAGGAGAAGUAGCAUAUUCAGGUUCAGGCCAAUUUAGCGGCUCCGAGAGUCAAAAGCAUGGAUUAUCCAAAAGCUCUGUGGCAAGUCCUGAUGGGUCGUCAUCAACACUUUCUGCUGGAAAAGUUUUUGAACAUGAUGGAGGAAGUUCAAAUAUGUUAGCAGAUGUAAAUAAGCUAACUCAGGUUGGCAGGCAAAAUAGUGCCUCAGAAAUGAAUAUGCUUAGGGCCAUGGCUCCAAGAGAUAUGGGAAAGUCUCCUGCCUCUCAAUCUGCGACAUCUGGUAUGCCCUUCAAGGAACAACAGCUGAAACAGCUGAGAGCCCAGUGCCUUGUUUUUCUAGCUUUCAGAAAUGGCUUGAUGCCAAAGAAGCUGCAUCUUGAAAUUGCGCUUGGAAACAUAUUUUCAAGAGAAGUUGGCAAUACAUAUGGUCCUCGCAAAGAUUUGAAUGACCACAGAGGCAGAGCACAGACUUCCAAUGAGCCAAGUAGCAUAUCUGAAGUUGCAAUGUCGUUUGGAAGGAUGAAUAAUUCACCUCCUGCGUUAGCAUCUAUAGGAAGAUUUCCAGACGCUGAUUCCUUGUCAAAAGAAGCAGAAAAUUUAAAAGUGGGGACUAAUGGCCCAACUUCCGAUUUUUCAGCAAUUGUGGAGGAAAGGAAACAUAUUCUAGCUGCAAGGAAGGCAGAGGCUGAUAUUCAGAGCCAAGAGACAGUGGAACCACAAGCAUACCUACCUACAAUGUCAAGACAGCCCGACUCUUCCACUACAAAGGAUGGUUUUACUGUUCAUACAGAUGGCAUGGAGAAUGGCCAUUUGCAAGUUGCAAAGGCUGAUCUAGCCUCUUCUAUAAUGGGUACUAGUAAACAAGCGAACCCUGAAAUGAUAGGCUGGUCUGGAAUUGGCUUUCAUAAUGAGGCUUAUAGGGCAUCAUUGCCAGCUGCCGCCGUACAACAUGAUUUGGUGCUAGAAAGAAACGAAACUGCUCCGCAAUUUCAAAGUCCUGAGCAAGAGGAGCUGGAUAAAUCCAUAUCAACUGAUCCAUUUCCAUCUCCAAAGCAUACUAUGUCUGAGAAAUGGAUUAUGGAUCAGCAGAAACGAAGGUUCUUGGCUGAGCAGAAGUGGGUUGUGAAACAGCAAAAAACAAGGCAAAGAAUUGUUACUUGUUUCACGGAAUUAAAGGGAAAUGUGAGCUCUUCUGAAGAUAUCUCUGCAAAAACCAAAAGUGUUAUAGAAUUGAAGAAACUUCAAUUAUUAGAUCUUCAACGUCGCCUACGGAGUGAUUUUCUGAAUGACUUUUUUAAACCAAUUGCCAAUGAUAUGGAACGCCUGAAGUCAUACAAGAAACACAGACAUGGUAGAAGGAUAAAACAACUUGAAAGAUAUGAGCAGAAAAUGAAAGAAGAGCGACAAAGGAGAAUACGUGAGAGGCAGAAGGAGUUUUUCAGUGAGAUAGAAGUUCACAAGGAGAGGCUGGAUGAUGUGUUCAAAGUUAGGAGAGAGCGAUGGAAAGGUUUCAAUAAAUAUGUGAAGGAAUUCCAUAAGAGAAAGGAACGUAUUCAUCGUGAGAAGAUAGACAGAAUCCAGCGCGAGAAGAUUAACUUACUCAAAAUCAAUGAUGUAGAGGGUUAUUUGCGAAUGGUUCAGGAUGCUAAAUCGGAUCGUGUUAAGCAAUUACUAAAAGAAACUGAGAAAUAUCUUCAGAAACUUGGAUCCAAGUUACAGGAUGCAAAGGCUAUUGCAAGCUGCUUCGAGAAUAAUAUGGAUGAGGUGCGAACUGCCAGUGUUGUUGAGAAUGACACUGCUAUUGAGAAUGAAGAUGAGGCAAAGCAUUACAUGGAAAGCAAUGAAAAGUACUACCUUAUGGCUCAUAGCAUUAAAGAAAACAUCAGUGAGCAACCAACAUUUCUCAAGGGUGGAAGAUUAAGAGAGUAUCAGAUGAAUGGCCUAAGGUGGCUGGUUUCACUCUACAACAAUCAUCUGAAUGGCAUUCUUGCUGAUGAAAUGGGCCUUGGCAAAACUGUUCAGGUUAUUUCUCUUAUUUGUUAUCUAAUGGAAACCAAAAAUGAUAGAGGACCAUUUUUAGUGGUUGUGCCAUCUUCAGUUCUGCCUGGAUGGGAGUCGGAAAUCAAUUUUUGGGCUCCAGAGAUAAACAAAAUUGUUUAUGCUGGACUUCCAGAAGAGAGGCGCAGAUUAUUCAAAGAGAGGAUUGUACAUCGGAAAUUUAACAUUCUCUUGACAACGUACGAGUAUCUAAUGAACAAGCAUGAUAGACCAAAGUUGAGCAAAAUUCAUUGGCACUAUAUUAUAAUUGAUGAAGGUCAUCGGAUAAAGAAUGCUUCUUGCAAGUUGAAUGCAGACUUAAAGCACUAUCAGAGCUCUCAUAGAUUGCUACUGACUGGAACACCACUACAGAACAAUCUUGAGGAGUUGUGGGCAUUGCUCAAUUUCUUAUUGCCUAAUAUAUUUAAUUCAUCAGAGGAUUUUUCUCAGUGGUUCAACAAGCCAUUUGACAGUAAUAGGGAUAAUUCUGCUGAGGAAGCACUAUUGUCUGAGGAGGAAAAUUUGUUGAUCAUUAACCGUCUCCACCAAGUUCUUCGACCUUUUGUACUUAGAAGGCUGAAGCAUAAGGUUGAAAAUGAACUUCCUGAGAAGAUUGAGAGGCUUGUAAGAUGCGAAGCUUCAUCUUACCAAAAGCUUUUGAUGAAGAGGGUUGAAGAAAAUCUUGGUGCAAUUGGAAAUUCAAAGGCUCGAUCGGUGCAUAACUCUGUUAUGGAGCUUCGUAACAUAUGCAAUCAUCCAUAUCUCAGCCAGCUUCAUGUGGAGGAGGUUGAAAAUUUAAUACCACAGCAUUAUUUACCAGCAAUCAUUAGGCUUUGUGGCAAGCUUGAGAUGUUAGAUCGAAUACUCCCCAAGUUGAAGGCAACUGAUCAUCGGGUUCUUUUCUUUUCCACAAUGACUAGGCUACUAGAUGUUAUGGAAGAUUAUCUCACCUUUAAACGGUACCGCUACCUAAGGUUGGAUGGGCAUACAUCUGGCACUGAUCGUGGUGCACUUAUUGAAAAGUUUAAUCAACAGGGUUCUGACUUUUUCAUAUUUUUGCUGAGUAUUCGGGCUGGCGGUGUUGGUGUAAAUCUUCAAGCUGCUGAUACUGUGAUAAUAUUCGACACUGACUGGAAUCCUCAGGUUGACCUGCAAGCUCAAGCAAGAGCUCAUAGGAUUGGCCAGAAGAAGGAUGUACUUGUUUUACGAUUUGAAACAGUUCAAACAGUUGAAGAACAAGUUAGAGCUGCUGCUGAACACAAAUUGGGAGUUGCUAAUCAGAGUAUCACUGCUGGCUUCUUUGACAAUAAUACAAGUGCUGAAGACCGUAGGGAGUACCUAGAGUCCCUCUUGCGCGAGUGUAAGAAAGAGGAAGCUGCCCCGGUGUUGGAUGAUGAUUCUCUAAACGACCUGUUGGCCCGCAGUGAGAAUGAGAUUGAUGUAUUUGAAUCAGUUGAUAAACAGAGGCAGGAAGAAGAGACGGCGAGGUGGAAAAAGUUGGUAUUUGGAUCAGGGAUGGCUAGCUCCAAGCCUUUACCUCCUUUACCGUCUCGUCUUGUUGCAGAUGAUGACUUGAAAGCUUUUUACGAAGCAAUGAAAUUGUAUGACACACCCAAGACUGUGGUACAACCUAAUGUUGGGGUAAAACGGAAGGGUGGUUCACUUGGUGCUCUUGACACCCAGCGAUAUGGGAGGGGAAAACGAGCAAGAGAGGUGCGCUCAUAUGAAGAGCAAUGGACAGAGGAGGAGUUUGAAAAAAUGUGUCAAGCUGACUCACCUGAAUCCACUGAAUUGAAGGAAGACGGUGUUGAGAGGAAACCACCAAAAAAUGCUCUCAUGGGGACUGUUAAUAGCACAGAACCUCAUGCCCCACCCCCACCCCCAGCCACAGCCCCUGCUCCAGCUCUGCUUCCUCCACUACCACAACCAGUUCGGGUGGAGCUUGCACAUCAGCCUCAACAGCAGCAAAACAAAGAUGCAACACCACCAUCUAAACGGGGCCGUGGAAGGCCAAGAAGAGCACCUGCAGAGAAAUCUCCUACGACACCAGUUUUUCCAGCAUCUUAUGGAACCAGUAAAUUGGAUAUCGGAUUACAGAAACCAACGGAUACUAGCUCAUCAGCAUUUCCUGCUCCUGAUCCUCACAAUAGUACAGGAGUUUCUCAGAACUUGCCACCAAGUGUGCCCUCUUUUUCUUCUAUUCCUGAUGAAUCUACCCCACCUGGAUUCGCUCCAGUAGAAUCAAAAGGACAAGGUCGAAGGGCUCAAAAUGGAGGACAGGCGCCUCGUCGAAGGGGAAAGAAACAAGAGCCAGCGUUUAACCCUGCUGUUGAGGGGUUAGCUGGUUCUGCUCCAGAAACAAAUGAGCAAUCUCAGAUUAUAUCAGUUAAUGCACCAGAUAGUCAAGCUGUUGCUAUAAGUGGAACUGUUCCUGGUGUUUCAAGUGCUCCCAUGGCUGUGGGGACCAAUCCUGUACCUAUUUCUGCUGGUCCGCAUUGUACUGCUGGAACUGAUCAUCCAUCUGAUUCAGGGUUUAGUUUGAAUUCUCAGACACUUAAUACUUCCUCAGCCACUGCAAUUGCUCAAUCAACUCUUCCCUGUUCUACUGUAACUGUCCAAGUUAAAGGCCAAGGUCGCAAGGCUCAGAAUGGGGUAGGAACACCACGGCGCAGGGGAAAGAAACAGGCACAAAUAUCAGCUGCUGCUCUGGAUGUUUCAGUUGGUCAGGAUUCAAAUUUGAAUCUGCAAGCAGAUGCUAAAUCUGCAGAGGCAUCACCAAGUAAAUUCAUUGGGACAGGAGGCAAUCAAGAAAAUGAUGCUUGUGAUCCAGGAAAAGUUAUUCAAGAGCAAGGGCAGGGGACUAAUGCACCUGCUAUCGUAACUGGUCAGGAAAAACAUGCUACUAUACAUGAUAAUUUACCUCAAAGCAAGCAGCCAGAAAGCUCACAGGAUGUGCACAAUAGUACUGCAAUAAUCCUUGGCCCUGCUAUGGAAAAAAUUCAUCAAGCUGAUGUGAAUGAGAAGGCUUCUGUGAUUUCAGUGGUUUCAUCUGAAUGCAGUUCUCAGAAAGCUAAGUCUAGCGAGGUAUGUGGUAACCAAGGUGGUGCUGUGGCUGUUGUUUCUGGGACCUCAGUUGAAGUGGUAAAGAAUCAAAUUUCCAAAGCUAAAGUGAGGAAAACUGCACCUUCUGUUUCUAUUACAACAACCAGUUCUUUGCCUGCAUCGAUUCCUAUAGCAGGUGCCAAUAAAACCAUCCCUAAUCCUGGUGAAAGGAUUUCUCCCAGCUCUGAACCUUGUCCAACUUCUGUUUCUGCUGCUUCUGAACCUCAAACUGUCCUUACUUUUCCUGUUGAAUCUGUUCAAAGUAGAAGGCCUGAUCUUAAGACCACAAACAGGGAAGAAGCACCUAGGCGUAGAGGAAGGAAACCUGUAACUCCUGAUGAUUCAUCUGGCCAGGACCUGAAAUUAAAUUCUCAGCCCCAGAGUACAUCAAAGGAUUUAAUGGUCAAUAGAGCUACUGCAGGGAAGAGCAAUCUAGAUUCUGGCCCUCUUGAGCUGGUCAAUGUCACCUGGGUACAUGCGUCUGAAGUUCAUUCUCCAAGUGCUUCAUUUGGUCAUGAUUCAAAGAGAAAAGCGACUGUUGCAGUCCCAGCAUUUAGUCGAAUUGCAACUUCUGAUGUGAAUGAUGUUGCCCGAGUGAUGAAGGAGAUUUUCUCUGAAACCUGCACAUCAAAGAAUAAAGUUGGUGAACCUGUUGGGAGUGAGGGAAAAAGUACCACUGCACCAUUAUCAAGCAAGACAUUCGAGGAGCCACUUAAGAACCAAAGUUUAGAUGAUAUUUCUUCUGUCAACAAACCAGAUCUUGUAAAAACUGCUCCAGCUAGUGAUGUUCGAAAAGGAAAAGGUAAACAGCAGACCGAAAAUGAAGCUCAUACAAAAGAACUGGAAGACAAUGCAUCACUUGCGAUUAAUGUCCCUGUUCUUGAGAGAGUUGAUUCAUUGAAGCCUGAAUGCAAGACCCGUAGUGGCUCAGACAACAAUGCAAAUCCAACACUGGUUCCAAAGGAAAAUUCAAUUACAGAUGCGGUGAUUGAUGGUACACCUCCUCUCCAUGCUGGUGGCAUGAACGAUGUGGCUCGAGGAACUCCUACUGGUGGUGAUCAAACUGUUUCUAUGUUUCAUCUGAGCUCACCCAGUCCAAUGGACCUGCUUCAAGCUGCCAAGAGUGAUAAAAACAACAGAAAGCCUUGUUUUAAAGAAUCUCCCAAAGCUGACCGUGAUGACUCCAUAAUGGAUCCUUCUCUUUCAGGUGUUGUGGUACCUGCUAUUAAUGUUUCUGAAGCCAAAGAAGAAAGUCCUGGUAUGACUGAAUCUAUUUUUGUUGAAGGUCCAGAAACUUUAGAAAACUCAAACAAUCACAGAGCUAGUUCUGCAGUUGAAGAUAUAGCUCCAACCCGUGAGGCUGCUACAUCAGAUGAUUCUCCUGUUGACAACCAAGAUGUGGAGGGUCAAUCUUGUGGAAAUGAAGCUAAGGGGGAUACUAUACUUGAACUGAUUCUUUCUAUUACGACUGAAUGUACUGAUACAGAGCUUGUUCCACGAGAUGUUGGAGCCUUGAAUCAAUCCCUGGUGGUUAGAGAUAAGGAGGGCGAUGGUGUUGAGAUUCACAAAAUGGAAGUAGAUCCUUGUGAGACAGAAUUUUCUUCUUUGAAAGACUUUACUGCUGAAUCAGUCGGCAGGGAUCCUGCUCCAGAGGUUGAUGGUGGGAAGCAACUGCCUGUCAGAGUUGAAACUAUGAAGAGUGAUAGUGUUGAAGUUUGUGAUCCAGAAGUUAGAUCCUCAGAAACUCAAUUAUCUGAGCCGAAUAUUCCACCUUUGGAAAUAGCAGUUCCUGUUUCUGAUAUUUUAGGGGACAAGAAUGUCGAACAGUUCAGGACAGAUGCUGAUGUAAAAGAGUCUGGGGAGAAAUCUCAUAUCGUGGUUAUGACCUCUACAAUAGAAAGUGUUUGUCCAGUAACUCUGUGCCAGUAUGCUACUGAGCCUGAGAACAUUUCAGACUCGAAACAGCUUUCAUCUGACAUCUCAAAAUCUGAGAGUGCCAUGGAGAUUAAUUGUAAAGAUCCUCACAGUGCUAAUGAGAAAGAAGAUUUUGAUACCAAUGGAGCAGAGAGUCCUAACGGGGAGAACAAUGAUCUUUCUGUUGUGUCUAGCAAUCAAAUAGCAUUAUUUGUGGCAUCUCCUAGUAAGGUGGAUCAUCAGUUGAAUCAAAAUGAAAACACAACAGAGAUCUCUUUAGAAAACUCUCCAGAUUUGACUUAUUGUGAGAGUAAAGAUUGUGAAUCUACCAUUGACUCUACAAAAGCCAGUGAUGCUUGUAAUAUUUCUAUUUUGGUCCCACCUACUUCUGUUAUGAUGGAGCCUAAAGUGGUCGGCUCUGAAGGCAAAGAAAAAACUUCCUUGGAUUCUUCAAAUUCUGCAGCGCUUGAUAUUUGUUCUUCAGGGGAUGGUGUUGCUUGUGAUUAUUCUGGUGUGACUGCAGUAGUUCCCUUGAGUUCAGACCAUUCAGUUCCUGGAUGUCUUCCUGAUCCUAUCACAAUUCCAUCUGAAGAUAAAGCAGAACCUUCUUCUAGAGAGUUGUUGGAAUCACAUCCAGAAGUCUCUGUUCCUGAUGUUGCAAACCUUCAAAGUGCUCCAAUGUCCACAAAACCGGAUGUUCAUGAUGCUCCUCUUGUGACUUCAAAUAUUUCACCAAGCAUGGUGGACCUUCCUGCUAUUACUGAGAAUGAACUGGGAAAGGAAACAGAACCAUCUAAUGGGAGUGAAACAAUGAGGAACUCAGAAUCAGAACCCGUCUACUUCGCUUCUGAUUCUUCUAAUGUAGAACUUAUGCCUAAAGAUGAUGAGUUGCAACAGCCAUCAGCUGUAAUAGUAGAUGAUUAUGUUGGUGUCAGCAAUGAGGAAGUAGACCCCACUGCACAACCAGUAUCUUCUCUGAAGGAUUUUGCACCUGGGAACCAUGGUGAGGUGAAGCCCUCAGAAACACAUGCAACUCCAUUGGAGGUUACUUCCAAGGACUCCCCCAAGGAAGAACAUGAUCUAAAUGGUCAGUCUCAUGAGCUCCCACUACCUGAAAAGACACAUGCUGACCGCGUUGAGGCUUCUACUAUUGAACCAAACUCCUCCAUUGCUCAGACAUCUUCACCACAAUCUAGAAAAUCUGAUAAUAAAGAGCCUGUUCAGAGGUCUGGGGCUGAUCAUGUUGAAGCCUGCAGUGAGAAAUUAGACACUACAGAAGGGCCAUCCUUGGCACAAACCAUCUCUGAUGAAUCUACCCAUCCUGAUCAUAAACCAGAGCUUACACAGGCAUCUGAAGUUGAUGUUGUUGAGGCCUGCUCCAAAGGACCAUCCUUGUUACAAGUCAUUUCUAAAGAAUCCACCAUUCCAGAGCUUGAACAAAAUGAAGUCAGAACUGAGUUCCAAUCUGAAGAUCAUGCUGAGGCUUCUCUGCAAUCUAAGGUCGAAACUGCUGACAUCUCUGAUAUGGAAAUAGACCCUAAAGAUGAGAAAAAAGGCCCUUCACCCGAAUUGGAAGAUGAUGCUAAAGCUUCUGAGCAGCCUAUGAUUGUCACUGAUAUGGGAAAAGAUCCCGGAGAAACAAAGAUUCCAUCACCAAGCACGGAUGAAACUAAUGCAUAGAUUAACAAAAGAUGAAGGGUUGGCUUUAUGGUUUCUUUUCAUAACCUUAGGGUUCGCCAAAAUUUAAAUAAUUAUUUUAGAAUUUGUAGAUGUUUCAUCUUGGUCUUUUUAUCCUUGGGUGUUAUUACGUCUACUUUUGAGCAUUAGAAAACAGCAGUUUACUCAACUGUCUUCUCCACUGGUUGAAUGAAUUUAAUAGAAAAAAAAAGUGUUAUGAAGUAACUAUUA